AUGCCCCACAACAUGUUUGGCUUCAGGGAGCGCCUAUCCACUCAAGAUGUACUGCUGCAGCUCAAGAUGCAAGUUAUUGACCCACUCAACAAACGCAGUAGAAGAGCCAUAUUCGCCCUGGAUCUCAAGGGAACUUUCGAUAAUGUGAAGCACUCAAAGAUACUGGAGAACCUGCGGAAGACACAGUGUGGAGGUAGGACUUUUGAAUUCAUCAGAGACUUGCUACUAGACAGACAGGCUCAUGUAAACAUUGGAGAUUUUAGGUCCCAGCCACUCCCUAUGGGCACUAGGGGUACGCCACAAGGAGCAGUCCUCUCUCCUCUGCUCUUCAAUAUUGACCUUAUAAAUUUGCCUGAAGAACUCGAUCGCAUAGAAGCAAUUCGGCACGCCCUCUAUGCAGAUGAGAUCAGGGUGUCGGUGACGAAAGGCAGUCUGGGGCAGAUGGAAAACGCGCUCCAAGAGGCUGCUUCUACAGUCCAAAAAUAUGCCGACGAGGGCGGACUGUGCUUCUCUCGGGAAAAAUCGGCACUUCUAAUCAUGCUUAGACGAGAAGAUGAAGCCCCGGUCAAAAUUAGGGUGCACAACACUGCGAUCCCUGAAGUCGAGACAGUGCGUAUCCUGGGACUACUGGUUAACAACAAGGGUGUCAACGCAGCAAUGAUUACUCAGCGCCGUACAUCAUGA